AUGGCUGUGCAAACCAAAUCAUCUACUUACGUCAACUUGGUGAAUAUGACAGCCACCCAAAUUAGCGACCCAAUUUCGGGCACAAUCGUAACUGUGCAGGCUGCUAUGAAGAGCUACAGUAUGGUCAAGGCCAACACCGAGCUUGGAGAUACCUUCCAUGCGGCCGGUAGCGGGCUUCAUCUGAUAUAUGAGGCUCUGAGUUCAGUCAAAUCCCGGUUACCCCCAGAAAUUUCGAAUGCCUCCCUCAAGCUACUUGACUCUUGCAAGGCCGGUGCGACGUCGUCCGAGGCUGUGUUCAAAGAAGUUUCGCAAGCACCAUCCGAUACGAGAUUGCAGUCCUACACAGCCUUCAUUAAAGAAGGGGGCAGACCCAAUCUAGUAGAGACUUUAGUCGGGGGCCUAAUGAAGGAGAUUUGUCUUUUGGCCGAAGGAUGCGCUGUUGAGGUAGACUUGACCGCGUUGCGCCGUGCCAGCGACGAACUGGAAAAGAUGGAGCCAUCUGUGCCCAUCGAGCAACAUAAAUCAGACGAUUCCUUCUCGAACAGCGGCAGCGGGAGCCAGUACAACUCGACUGGAGGCACGCAGAACAAUGCGACGGGCAAUGGAAAGCAAUUUUUCGGAGCCACUUUUCAAGGAGCUGUAUCAUUCAGCUGA